GUAAAUCACUGUACAUACUUUUGUCCUGUAAGUUGUUGGGCGAAAACACGCGGUUCGAAAAUAUUGUGUGACGAUGGGCUCCGAAACGGUACGGGAAGUCAGCAACGGGACGACGAAGGAUAUGGAGCAGAUGAAGGCAGCUGAAGGCGAUGGAAAAGCGCCGAGUGGCCUCGGUAUAAGACAUCUCCAAACAUUACUGCUCUUCUUCGGCCUCACGGUGGCAUACGCCCUACGCGUCAACCUUUCCGUAGCGAUCGUGGCCAUGAUCGAUAGGCGUGCGGCCAACAAAGACUUCGAGGAGUUUGACUGGGAUGAAACGACAAAAUCGUUGAUUUUGAGCAGCUUCUUCUGGGGCUAUGUGUUCACACAGAUUCCCGCCGGCCAAAUGGCGCAGCGGUUCGGGCCGAAAGUUUUGCUUCUGUUUUCGAUCGGAAUCUGCUCCGGAUUGGCCGUUUUGACACCAAUUUGUGCUCACGUUGGUGGGGCGAAGGCAGUGAUCGGACUGAGGGUAGUUCAGGGCCUCAGCCAGGGCUUUGUUUUUCCCUCCACACAUACGAUGCUGUCCCGAUGGGCGCCAGCAUCCGAGCGAGGCCGUCUUGCAACGCUCAGCUAUGCAGGAGCUCAAUUUGGUACCGUCAUAAUGCUUGCGAUCAGCGGUGUUCUCGCGUCCUCCAGCAUGGGGUGGCCUAGCAUUUUCUAUAUUUCCGGUGCUGUCGGUAUUCUCUGGUCGGUAGCAUGGUUCUUUUACGGUAGCAACUCUCCAGCGGACUAUCGUGGCAUAGCGCCCGAGGAGCGAGAGUUCAUUGAGAACACAAUCGGUGCGUCCACCUCUGGUCGACGUAUCGUUACCCCUUGGGUUGCCAUUCUUACCUCGGCACCGAUGAUUGCACUCACGAUUGCACACUGCAGUCACAACUGGGGCUUCUGGACGCUGCUGACCGAGAUGCCGUCAUUUAUGAAGGAGGUGCUUGAAAAGGACAUCAAAAAGAACGCCGUACUAUCAUCCCUGCCGUAUCUAGUGAUGUGGAUUCUUAGCUUCGUGUUCAGUCCGCUGUCGGACUUCCUCAUCAACCGACAGUAUCUGUCACGCGUCGUCAGUCGAAAGCUGUUUAACACCAUCGGUUUGUGGGUGCCGAUGGCAGCAUUGCUGGGACUUGCUUUCGUACCAAAGGGGGAGUCGGAUCUUGCGAUUGUCCUGUUAACGUUGGCUGUCGGCAUCAACUCGGCGACAUACUUGGGCUUCCAGGUGAACCAUAUCGAUCUCGCCCCGAACCACGCCGGUACGAUGAUGGGGAUUACGAACUGUGCCGCCAAUAUAAUGUCCAUCAUAGCCCCCCUCAUCGUUGGGCAGGUUAUAAAUGACCCGACCGACCCAAUCCAAUGGCGCCGAGUGUUCUAUAUUGCCGCCGGUGUGUAUUUCUUUGGCAAUCUUACAUUCAUCAUAUUUGGUAAAGCCGAUAUUCAGACAUGGAAUGAACCCGAAUCACCGAUUCCUAGCGGAAACGACGCCGAAGCAGUCCGAAACACGAACAAUACGACAAACAACAAUGAAAAUCAUAGUGAUUAGUUGAUGAUUGGUAAACUCAUUCUAGUCCACGUAAUUCAUUCAGCAAGAGUAACGGGCACACCGAAUGCUGACCAAAACACUCGCAACGCACGACAGCAGAGAUCGCUUCGAAUUGGGAAACCUAUCGCAGUCUGGACUGUUUACAGGAACUUUGAAAGUGAUAGUUACAUAGGGGAACAUUCUUGUUUUAGUCAUAUCACUUAAGGUUAAGAACAACUAAGAAAAGAGUUUUUAAGCCAUUCGUGUUAAGGUAAGCAAAACGUCGGAUACUUUUAAGGCGGAUUGAAAACAAAGAAACCCUCCAGAAGAAACCUUGAAAUUUAGAAGCAUUUACAGUUGGUUUUCUUCAGCUGAAGAUGCAGCGUGGUAGAAACAUUGGUUAUAUUUAUAAAUUGUUGUAAUUAUAAUAAAACUAGAAUAAAUGCAAGCAAAUGCAUUUGAAACAAUUAUGCCAGCAUACAAAAGUUCGUCUGCGAUCAGCAUAUGGCUGUUGAA